GUUAAAUAGUUGAAUUUAUUUAGUUGUGGCAGCAACAUGUGGAAAUUGAAGCUACUUAGCUGUUUGCUCUUGAUGCUGGGCAGCGUUAAGGCGCACCAAGAGCUAAGCGAUCUCUUGAAUCAGCAGCAAAAGGAUUUGGAUUUGUCUCAGGCUGAAGUAGAGGCACUGCGUCCGUUCUAUGCAGAGCUACAAAAGCAGCAUGAUUACCUAUACAGUCUGCAAUUGCAACAGAGCGAUGGAGGCGAUAAAUUGCAGCUCGAGCAGCAGCUGGACGCUAGUUAUAUGCAAGCCUUUGAGCACUUUCAGGCGCAAUAUGUAGGCAAAGAGUCAAGCAUAGUAUAUGAUACAACGCUGCCCAGCUUGGAGGAGUUGCUAGAGCCACCUAGUGCAGAAUUGAGUAAGCAGCAGCAAUUGGAGCUGCUGGACUUACAGGAUAUACUGCAGGAUGUGCUGGAUGAAUCACAGCUGGGCAUACAGCAGUUGGUGAAGCGUGCAACAGAGCUGGAGGUGCAGCUAAUAAAACUCAACAAGCCCAAGAUUGUUACAGCUGCUAUUGCUGGCCUCCAGACCAUGUGGUAUAUAUGGGGGCGUGCCUCGCGUGCUGCCUACUGCAGCUACUCGCAUGUGCCGCAGUUCAAAGAGGCAUUGGACUCCGUCAAUGGCGGCGUCGAUUGCUACAAGCACACGAUGAAUAUGAUUCUGCGCAUACAAAACGAAACUGUUGCGUCUGUCAAGGAGAUCAAACAGCAUGUGCGUGGCUUAGUCAAGGUCUACAAGAAGAUUGCAGCCAAGCGCACAAUAAUGGGCAAAAUUCUAACGGGCACUUUGAAUUUCUUCACCGCACUGCGACGUGUGCAUGACAUCAUAGCCGUGGGCAUUGAUGGCUACGAUAAGAUACAGAAUGAGCUACCGCAGGCUGUGCUCAAAACCAAGAAUUGUGCUGAAGAUUUAGUGCUGAGCAUACCACAAAUGGUGGAAACGGCGCAGAAUCUAACAAUCUGCAUUACCUUUGUGGACAAGGAUCACCCGGAUUAUGAGUUUAUGAAGCCGGAGCCACAGCGCUAUUGGCAUACAGGCGAGCAGCCAGCCAAGAUAGCCCAUGAGAAUGUUGAGCUGGACUGGAAUGCGGAGCUAGAGGCAGAACCUGAAGAUGAUUAUAUAGAUCAUCGGUAAACUCUGUUAUAUU